AAUCAGCAGUAGUCCUAGUAUAAUUUGGAUAAAAAAAAAGUGGCAUCAUUUUUGUCGCCCACGUUUCCACUCAACGUAGAACAGGGGGAGAGUGGUGCAGAACAGAACAAGCUUAACCAAACGCAGUAGAGCAUCGUUUCGACCGCCCCACGUUUUCCCUCUCUAUAGAGAACAGUGGGAGAGUGGGGCAGAACCUAAAAGCAACUGAUCUCCUUAUCUUUCUUUCUGCAAAUUUCCUUCCAAAACCUCUACCUGGUUACCAUUAUGGAUCCGAAUCCCAACUCCUUCCCAAUCCUCUCUUAUGUCAUGGGCCGUCUUCCCUCUUUCAGACCCAAGUCUGCCGACACUACCUUGGACAUCGAGCAGCCGCCGCCGCGUGCUUCGUCCGAUCCUUCUUCUAGUCAAGCACCCAUUGUCUCCCAAUUACCCCACUUAACCGACCCAAAAGUCAUAGCUUCCAUGACCCGGGCCAUCUCCGACGUGGCCCAGACCCGGUCGGUGCUUCAAACCCUCGGGCCUCGCCCUGACCACGAGACCGUCGAUACUUCCAGACUCAAACUCUCUGAAAUCGAGUCCAACCUCUCCAAACAGCUUGAAGAAAUUGUCCUCUCUUCCCGGCCGGCCGAAGUCGACAGGCUUGAAUGGCGCGCGCACUUGGCGGACAAGGAACAGCAGUGUCGGCAAACAGCCGAGAAAGAGAAGAAUUUGUACCAAACGAUAUUGCAAUUGGAUGAGAUGCACGAGUCUUACCAGAAGCUGUUGAAGGCGGCGGAGCAGAGGUUGGUGAAGAUCUAUGAGAAGGCGGAGAUGGGAGAGGCGGAUGACGAGCUGAAAGAGGAGGAAGUGAGCGUGCAGUUGAACGAAGAGGUCGUGGGUAUACUUCAAGAGGCGUCCGGCAAGACCUUGGAGAGGGUCGAUUUGUCAAACAAGGGAUUGUUGUUAUUGCCUGAGGCGUUCGGAAGGAUUCAUGGAUUGAGAGUGCUUAAUCUCUCUAAUAAUCAGCUCGAGUUCAUUCCUGACUCAAUAGCUGGGUUAGAAAAUCUCGAGGAGCUCAAUCUUGCUUCAAAUCUCUUGGAAGCAUUGCCAGAUUCCAUUGGUUUGCUACUUAACUUGAAAAUUCUAGACGCCUCCAGCAAUAAGCUAUUGUCUUUACCUGACUCUAUUUCUCAUUGCAGGUCACUGGUGGAGUUGGAUGUGAGUUUCAACGGUCUUACAUACUUGCCUACUAAUAUUGGAUAUGAGUUGGUGAAUCUUAAGAGGUUGUCAAUCCAGUUGAACAAGAUUCGUUCUCUUCCCACUUCUGUCGGUGAGAUGAGAUCUCUGCAGCAUCUUGAUGCUCACUUCAAUGAGCUUCAGGGCCUUCCACUUUCAAUUGGGAGAUUGACGAAUCUUGAGAUCCUCAACUUGAGCAAUAAUUUCAGUGACCUGACAGAACUUCCUGACACAUUUGGUGAUUUGACAAACCUAAAGGAACUUGACCUCAGCAAUAACCAGAUUCAAGUUUUGCCUGAUACAUUUGGGCGGCUAGAUAACUUGACCACAUUGAACUUGGAACAAAAUCCUCUUAUCAUCCCGCCAUCAGAAUUAGUGAAGGAAGGGACUGAAGCUGUCAAGAUUUUCAUGGCUAAGAGGUGGCUUGACAUACUGAUAGAGGAAGAAAGGAAAAGCAUGCUUGAAGUACAAGAACAAGCAGAGACUGGGUGGUUGACACGAAGCACAUCUUGGUUGAAGAAUUAUGCUGCAGGUGUUUCAGGAUAUUUAAGUCCAAGAUCUCCGAAGGACGCUUACCUUGAUCAGCAGCUGUAACUUCAUGGGCCUAUGAUAUUUGGCCGUCCCCUUCCUCUCACGACGUUGUACACAUGCUAAAAUGGCUUCUGCUUUUCAUGUUGCUAGGAAAGAAAAUGAAAAUCUAACAAAUUUUGUUUUUGGCACCAUUCCUCGUUCCUGUAAAUGCAAGUCGUGUAAAAAUGAAUAUGUGUACGCCGCUGUAUUUUAAUUCUUUAUUAUCAUUAUCUUUAUUGUUUUUUUCUGGUA